AAGAAUUGGAGAAAACGGACGCCAUCGCGGCACUAGCUAACACACAGACACAACUGCCCAGCGUGAAGGAAAUUGGGCAAAAGCAAACAAAAAAUGAACCCGAAGAACUCGGCACAUCCCACAACACUUGCGGCAACGCGUUAACAGAAGACCGCACAAGCAAACCGUACUCAACAGUAUGGUGUCGGUGGGUACAUUCUUGCUUCCCUUACCUCUCAGUGGACAACCCCUGCGGCUCACUCCUCUUCAUCGAUGAUGAUGCGCUCCACGUGAUUCCGUACCUGAAACGCACAUCCCCAGCGAUUUGGCUGCAGCAACUCGCCGUCUGCCGUCGUCGCUUCUGUUGUUGUUGUUGCUGCUGUUAG